AUGGGGAAGGUGAGGGGGCUGCGGGCCCGCGUGCACCAGGCGGCGGUGAGGCCCGCGGGGCAGGCCGCGUCCGACCCCGCGCCCCCGACCCGGGAGGCGGCCCCUGCGCAUGCCGCGGCCCGCGGGGUCAGCGCGAAGGAAUGGGCUUUCAUGAACACUGAUGUUUUUGCUGGGACUAAGAUAGACCCCAGCGCUUUGGUGCAGAAGCUGGACCCGGACACAAGGAGCGUUGCUUCCGUCAGGAGAGGUGAGAAUGGAGGCACUGUCCGAAAGGUGCCCAGUGCUCCUAAAGGUGCGGAGGCCAGGGCUGUUUUGCCCAAGAAGGAGAAACUGAAGCUGCGGCGUGAGAGGUGGCUGCAGAAAAUCGAAGCCAUAAAGCUGGCCGAGCAGAAGCGCAAGGCAGAGCGGAGACGGAGGGCCACGGUGGUGGUGGGGGACCUGCAGCCCCUGAGAGAUGCCCUCCCUGAGCUGCUGGAGCUGGAGGCGGGCAGUCGGCCGCCACGUGCCAGAGGGGUGAGCAGCAGGCCCCGCCCCGCCGAGUUGAGCCGCAUGAGCACCGCGCAGAGGCUCCAGCUCCUGGAGGAAGAAAGGGCUCGGUUUCGGGAGCUGCUGGCUAGCCCAGCCUACAGGGCCAGCCCCUUGCUGGCCAUCGGGCAGCAGCUGGCCCAGCAAAUGCAGCUGGACGGCGGCAGCCAGCUCUGA